GAUCUAUCGACUUCUAAACUUAGGCUAGCAAUAAGCUUUAGACCUGCUGGAUAUAAGGCUGCGCGUAUCGCCAUUCCUUGCUACACACACACUUGUUUUGAUCCCCCAUCUUUCACGUGCAAAUUCCACUGCUUUACCUUUCGCUCACCCUCACCCUCACACAAUAAUCUGUUGACGAUUUCCUCAUCGCUCAUCAUGCGGGGCUCAGAAGGCGGCGUCAUCGAUCCGGCUGCCAGAGAUAAAUAUCUACUUAGAGUGACAGCUGGUUCGUCUUACGAUACCUCGACGCACAGAGAGGUCGCUGUGAAUGGCGACGACGCACAUGUCAUUGAAAACGACUUGAUGACUUGUUACUUGAAAGUCAAGAUACGGGAUUACCACGGCUUGCCUCGUGGAUCGCCUUCAAGCUCAAAGUACUUUUCGCAUCCACUUCAUACGUCGGACCGAUAUUCAAUAGGCUUUUCAUUCAUUCCCAAGCGAGACAUCAAGGGCAACGAUCUAGUCACAGGUUUCGACUUCGACCACUCCAUAAGAGACAGGCUACCGCCGGGUUUCCGGUAUGCGAUGAAAAUUGUCACGACCAUUCUGGACCCAGGGAUAUAUUCAGAUCCUUAUUCGGAUAAGCCAUACUUGUACGGGCCUGGCCUGUCUUCGUUCUUUGGGUUUCGUAUUGGCGAGCACACGUCGGAGGUGUCAGCAGAACAGCAGUUGAAUACGCAUGACACGGAAAUGCUAGGUGUUAUUGAAGAAGGUGCACAUGGAAGCGGACAGCGCAUCCGCGCCGAUCAACAUAUACCAGCCAAAACAUCCAAGAGGCGAAAGCACUUCUUGGAGGAGAAGAACAGAGACAAUUUUGUAUUCGAGGCCGGUAGGAUGUACCAGGCCGAUUUUUUCAACCCGUAUCUCGACUUUGCCAACUUCGCAUUGAGGAUACCGGGAUUUUCAAUCUCUGUAGUGAGAUACAUUGACGACAAGACCCAUGCGCUACGCUUUGUUUUGAAGGACCGUAGCACUGACGAGGUGUUAUUUGUGGUCAUCUUCAACCUUUUGUUCGGACAACAACUAGAAGAGACGCUGCAAGGGGAGGAAAAAGAGAGAGCGGAAGCUCACAAGAACUCUCCCGCCGGAUCUGAUCAAACGGAAAACGUCGAACCGCCAGAUUCUUCUUCAUCGUUAGGUACGCCCACGUCGGUAGGGUCUCGCUCCUCGUCUUUGACGCCGCAAUCAGAUGCCGACGACAAAGACCGCGAGACACGGCAAGACAAGGCGACGACUGCGUCCAUGCUGGCAAGCUCGAUCUACUCUGGCUUUGCAUCGCUAGGUUUUGGAAGAACCGCCAGCACUUCAGGCUCGGAAACCACGAGUAAGGAGGUAUCCUGCGAGAGGGCGAAAAGUAAGAAGGCCGAGCAAAAAACGCUGGAAGACAAGGUCGAAGAAAUGGAUGAGACUCAAGUGGAGGCGUACUUGAAGGCUAAAGCCAGCAGCGCUACAUGA